AGCCGGUCAAUAAUACUUGGCAAAAGCUUCUGGUCGAUAUUGUAGAAGUGAUAAGAUGGAAAGAGAGUUAUUGCAGUUUAUCUAAUGCCCAAUGUUCGCACAAUUGCCACAAAGAAGGGCAUGCUUGGCAUGGAUGAAAGCUAGAUAUAGAAACCUUGGCUUGCAGCUUGACUUGACUACGAAGGGUAGACAAUAAUUAUAGGAAGAUGAAAGAAAUUGAGGAUCUAUACUUGAAGACCAGGGUAACUACUUGUGCUUAGCCUGGUGGUGGUUCCUUAGUAUCGUGUUGUGUUCAGCCUACUGGAGGUGCAAAUACCGGGUCAAUGUUAUCUCUGAAAACAGAGCUCUCAGAGUCUUGUCAAUAACCUGACAGAUAUGAAGUACUCAUCUUAUGGAGCUAUUGAAGCAUCUUUUGUUUCAGGCACUGUUUCAGAAGAUAUUGGAGGACGCAGACAGGCAAUUGUCCUCUUAAAAUCUUUUUAAGGCUUGAUCAGGAGUAAGAUAUUUUUGCAGGUUUGACAUCCUGCUCAGUGAAACUGCAUUAUGGGUGCAUUCUGUUGCUGUCUGUGUCCGGAGGACUUUGAAGAACAUGCCCACACAAGCAAUCCCAUAUAUCGACAAUGCAUAUGCUUAAGAUAUUUCUUUCAUCAGCUCUUGAAUGGGUAUGGUGCAAUGUUUCAAAGACUUGAUGGGCGCUCAGUACCUUCCCAGAUUCAGACAGCAACUUCGUCUACAUCAACAACAGCUGGAAAUACUUAUGAUAAUUCAUUGUGUGAGAGUCACCAUCUUGUGCCUAGACCACCACCUUAUGAAGCAGACCCUAGAUACGCACGUGAGGGAUUGAUCUCAAGGCGUGAGAAGUCUAUGAGCCACAUACAAGAAGAUUUACAGACUCUUAGAAGAAAUGGUAGCAGUUCUGCUGUUGAAACCUUGGCUGCUGUUAGAAAGCGAAUUGCAGAAACUGAAGCAGGACAAAAACUUACCCAUGCUGAAUCAGAGAAAAAUCUAGCUGCAAAAACACGUGAUACAGGUUUUGUUUUUACAACUUCAGAAGAUGAAGAUGUAUGCCCUACAUGUCUGGAAGAAUAUUCUUCAGAAAAUCCAAAAAUUGUAGCAAAAUGCUCUCAUCAUUUUCAUUUGAGCUGUAUAUAUGAAUGGAUGGAAAGAAGUGACAGUUGUCCAGUCUGUGGCAAGGAGAUGGAAUUUUGUGAGAGCCCGUGAUAAAGACUUAUUUGCGGCACAACAAUUGCGGAGCAAGCCAUACUUGAUGAAUGCUUUUAAAUAGAUUUCUGUCACCGGCGUCAUAAGAACUAUCAACAAAAUGGAAGUUUGUAUCUUUCAUCAAGUUGUUCACAGGAAAAAUAUUUAUGUAUCAUAUAAAUAACGUGUGUUAUGAGUUUUUUUUUUCUCUCUGUUCUACUGUGUUGCAUCAUCUGCAAUAUGUCCCACAAGUCUAGUCUGUUGCAUUACCUAUGCAUUGAUGUAUGUUCUUUCUAAGAAGUAUGAAGUAUACCGAAAGAAAUACAAUUACUAAAUAACCUUUAACUUGUGUUCA